AUGAAAUUUUUGAUUCUCCUGGUUGCUUCCCUGGCGGUUUGCUCUGCAGUAGAAGUUAAAAAAGAAAAGAGAGGAUUGCUGGGUCUUGGAGAACCCUUACUCGAAAACCACGGCAUCGAAAACCACGGCAUCGAUUACGGACAAUACGGUUCUCCUCUGCUGACGAAGAGCUUGGCUUCUCCACUCAUAAGCAGCUACUCGGCUCCUUUGUUGACCAAAUCUUACGCAGAACCCAUCCUCUCAGCUCCGAUCUACUCCAAGCAGUACAUUCAGCAACCUAUUGCUCUAUCCGCUCCUCUUUACACCAAAUCAUACGAUGCUCCACUUUUGACGAAAUCCUACACUUCCGGGGCUCAUCUGCUUUCCUCUCCUUACAUUCAAUCCGCUCCGAUUUUGGCCGGUCAUAUUGGUCACGGCGCUCCCAUCAUAACUAAAUCGUACGCAUCGCCUUAUUUGUCAGCUCCUGCCCCGCUCAUCGCCAAAUCUUACGCCACUCCACUCCUUACUAAGGCUUACAGCGCUCCGAUUUUGGCCAAGUCUUAUGGAGCUCCCAUUUUAUCGGCCCAAGCUCCGAUUUUGUCGGGCCCGAUUUCCUACUCCAGUUCGUUGGGACUCGACCACGGGUUGAAUUUGGGAUACGGUAAAUUAAUCCACUGA